GUUGUAGAGUAAGUUGCACGCUCCUUACGAACGCGCACGACCCGGGGCUCCAGGCCGCACUUACCAUACUUGGCUCCUGUCUCUCUCACACCAGCGCCACUUGCACUUGCUAAGGUUUGCUAUACGCUUCAUCUAUAGGUGACAAAAAUAAAAAGCAAUGUUGGACAUUCGACCAAAUCAUACGAUAUAUGUAAACAACCUGAAUGAAAAGGUUAAAAAAGAGGAAUUAAAGAGAUCUCUCUAUGCAAUAUUCUCCCAGUUUGGUCAAAUUCUUGACAUAGUUGCAUUGAAAACGUUGAAAAUGCGUGGCCAGGCUUUUGUAAUCUUCAAAGAAAUUCAAAGUGCCACAAAUGCAAUGAGAGCUAUGCAAGGCUUCCCAUUCUAUGAUAAGCCAAUGAAAAUUGCCUAUUCCAAGACAGAUUCUGACUUAAUAGCUAAACAGAAAGGCACUUAUAAGGAACGGGGAAGCAAACGAAAAGAGGAGGAGAAAAAGAAGAAAAAGGGAAAAGAACCUAAAGGAGCAGCAGCAGCUCCUGCUGCGGGAGCAGCGAGUGUUACAGCCAAACCAGGAGCACCUGUGGUUCCUCCUCGGCCUAAUCUCUUCAACCAGCCGCCCCCUGCUCACGGUGGUAGUGGAAUGGGUGUACCUGAGCAGCCUCCAAACCAGAUUCUUUUCCUGACAAAUCUUCCUGAUGAGACUUCUGAAAUGAUGUUGUCUAUGCUCUUUACACAGUUUCCUGGAUUUAAGGAAGUGCGUCUUGUACCUGGUCGUCAUGAUAUCGCUUUUGUUGAAUUCGAGAAUGAAUUGCAGUCUGCUGCAGCGAAGGAUGCUUUACAAGGUUUCAAGAUUACGCCGACGCAUGCCAUGAAAAUUGCUUUUGCAAAGAAGUGAAAAGGCUGUACAUUAGUUCUUUACAUGAUAAUUUUUAAAUUUCAUUUCAUAGGCAUGAAUUUAAGCAUAAGGUGUACUGUACAUGAUAGUUUCAGGCAUACAUUUGAUGCAUAUAAGUAAAAUUAACAUACCAAAAUGGUUUAAUUUUCAAGAUGUUACAUGGCAUGAAUGAAAAUUACUAAACAUUUGUAUGCAAGUGAAAACAGAUUGGUCUGGUAGUCUGUUAUUUGCAUUUAUGUAUAACUAUAUGAUAUAUUUGUACCUGAAAGUGUCAUUUACUCUUUGACAGUGUGGAAUGACAUGUAUUGAAGGCAGAGACUUCAAAGAGGGCAUACUUUAUACUAUUUUUAUUAACUUAUGUAUUGCGUGAUCAAGGAUAAUUAUUCUUGCGCUUUCAGAGAGUAUGUGUUUGUAAACCAGAUUCCUUAAUAUUACAAGCAUUUACAUAACAAAUUAAGCUUUAAAAUCGUCCCUAUUUUUGACUCUUCUAAUGUUUGAAAAGCAUUGUCAUUACGAAUUAUUAUAAGUUAUAUCACUUCAUAUUAAAAAGAAAAAUCUUGUCGA